CUUCACAACCAACCAACCAACCCACCAACGGACACGACAUACGAUGGCGGAGAUUGACCCAGAUGCACCUGCUGUUGUUCUUGACAACGGUUCCUUCGAGUGCAAGGCCGGGUUUGCGGGGGAGGAUGAGCCGCGUGCGGUCUUUCCCGCCGUGGUGGGGCGCCCUCACCACCACGGCCAGGCCGACGCGGGCCACAAGCACAGGGACGCGUACGUUGGCGCGGAAGCCCUGGAGAAGAGCGAUGUUCUCACGCUCAGGUACCCUGUUGAGCACCGCAUUGUGACCAACUGGGACGACAUGGAGAAGAUCUGGCACCACACCUUCCACAACGAGCUCAAGGUGGAUCCUGAGAAGCAGCCGGUGCUUCUGACCGAGCCUCCGCUCAACCCCAAGCCCAACCGUGAGAAGAUGACCCAGAUCAUGUUUGAGACGUUCAACACGCCCGCAGCCUACCUGUCCAAUCAAGCCGUGCUCUCCCUGUACGCCUGCGGCCGUACCACGGGUAUCGUCCUCGACUCUGGUUACGACGUCACCCACACGGUCCCCAUCUCCGAGGGUUACGCCCUGCCUCACGCCAUCCUGCGCCUCGACCUCGCCGGCCGCCAUCUCACCAACUACAUGAUGAACCUCCUCACCGAGCGCGGUUACUCCUUCACCACCACCGCCGAGCGUGACACUGCCCGCGACAUCAAGGAAAAGCUCUCCUACGUCGCCCUCGACUUUGAGCAGGAGAUGGCCACCGCCGCUUCCUCCUCCAGCCUGGAGAAGAGCUACGACCUCCCCGAUGGCCAGAGCAUUACUAUCGGCAACGAGCGCUUCCGCUGCCCUGAGGCGCUCUUCCAGCCGUCCCUCCUGGACAUUGAGGCCACGGGCAUCCACGAGCAACUGAACACCUCAGUACUCAGGUGUGACCUCGACAUCUACAGGGUGAUGCUCAACAACAUUGUGCUCUCUGGCGGCACCACGCUGUUCCCCGGCAUUGCCAAGCGCAUGCAGAAGGAGAUGACUGCACUUGCGCCCGCUGCGCUGAGUGUCAAGAUUGCGCCCCCUGCAGACAGCAAGUAUGCCGUGUGGGAGGGAGGUGCCAUCCUCACCUCACUCUCCACCUUUGAGGACCUGUGGAUCUCCAAGGCCGAGUACGACGAGUCUGGCCCCUCGAUUGUCCACCGCAAGUGCACGUAAUCAAGCACACACACAAAGUGUUCUCGUGAACAUGUGUGUGUGUAUCUGUGUGUGUGUGUGUACCUGUGUGUGUAUGUAUUUUGUGUGUGUGUGUGUAUGUGUGUGUAUGUGUGUGUGUGUGUGUGUCUCGACGUCUGUAUGUGUCUGCGGCUGUUAUCUACCUCAGAGCCCAUGUGUGGAUGUCUGCGGCUGUUACCUGACCUCAGAGCCUACGUGUGCGCACACCUCUCGUGUUACGCUGUGCCUGUCAAUACCGUUCACCACCACCACCACCACCACCACCAUCGCUGCAUGCGUUUUUGCCGCCCCUCUCCUUGUGUGCGCAUGCAUGCAUACCCAUUCUCGCAAAGAAGACUUGUAAUUGCCAUUGCGCGCAACUAUAAACGAAGCGCAACACUGCCA